CUCACCACUCUGUGCAUGAACCCGGCCGCAAGCCGACAAUUUCCGGACAGAUCUUUCGAGCUUACAGCUCCUCCCAUCUGACCUGUCUUACUCAAAUCGGAUUUAGCUGGGGGUAGGGGAAAACUGGGUUUAUUCGCUACGAUGCAUCACUCGCAAUUAGCCCCGCUGCCGAAUGACUUGCCUUUCCGAAUAGUCUCCAAGACGAUCGGCCAGGGUGCCUAUGCCUGCAUCAAAAAAGCUGUCCCUUCCUACACAGAUAGCCCGGUCUUCGCCGUCAAGUUCAUUCACAAGGAAUAUGCCGCUCGCCAUGGCAAAGUCAGCGCGCGACAACUACAGAUGGAGGCAACGGUACACAAACAUAUCGGCGAUCACAACAACAUCAUCUCCUUCUUUCAGACCGGUGAGGACGAUGUGUGGCGUUGGGUUGCGAUGGAAUUGGCCGAGGGUGGCGACCUCUUCGACAAAAUUGAAGCCGACGAGGGCGUGGGCGAGGACAUCGCGCACGUCUACUUCUCCCAGCUCAUAAGCGCGGUCGGCUACAUGCAUUCCAAAGGGGUGGGACACAGGGACAUUAAGCCGGAGAACAUGCUUCUGGCUGCGGAUGGCAAUCUCAAAAUCGCCGACUUUGGGCUGGCCACAUUAUUCGAGUACAAGGGCGUGACCAAGCUCUCGACUACCUUCUGUGGCAGUCCGCCAUAUAUCGCACCAGAAGUGAUCUCGUGCAGUAGCCGGAGUCAAGUCAAGGGUACGGGCUACCGACCGGACCUGGUGGAUAUCUGGUCGUGUGGUAUUGUCUUGUUCGUCCUCCUGGCUGGCAACACACCCUGGGAUAGCCCGACGGAAACGAGCUAUGAGUACCAAGAAUACCUGGCCACCAACGGGCGCACGACCGACGAGCUCUGGCAGCAGUUGCCGCCAGCGACGCUUUCACUUCUUCGCGGCAUGCUGAACGUGGACCCUGCUUGCCGAUUCUCCCUCGAGGACGUCCGAAGACACCCCUGGUACACACGGCCGAACAAAUACCUGUCGCGCAAAGGCACUCUCCGAGACACCAUCAACAUGGCGACGACGAUGUUCGAAUCGCUCCACAUCGACUUCUCGCUAGACCCCUUCGCCCGGCCGCACGGCGGCGGGAGCCAGGGCCUCGAGCGGACCGACCUAGAUAUGGGCGACGGAUUCGACGUCGACGAGCGGAUCUCAUCCACCCAGCCAGAAAUGCCAAGAGGCGACAUGCUCGUGGACUGGGACACCCCGCAAGCAGCCGACGCAUUCUCCUCGACCCAGCCCAUGGGCCGACCGCUAUUCGCUGACGACACCCUACUCCUGAACCACCUGGAAGACGAGCCCUCGAUGUCGCAAUUCUCGCCACACCCCUCCGUGCCCCUGAGUCGAACACAAAAAGCCCAACGCUUCCGGGACAUCGUGCCCGCGCGCCCCAUGACGCGCUUCUUCUCGACAUGGGAGCUCAAAAUCCUGGUCCCCCUAAUAUGCGAGGCGCUGCAUCGUCUCGGGGUUCCCGUGCCCGCCGUGCCCGCCGUGUCUGCUGGCGACUCCUCCGCGACGCUGCGCAUCAUCACGCGCGACGGCCGCAUGUGCACGCUGCAGGGUAAGGUGCUGAUCGAGUGCGUGGCCGAGGGCCUCUUCGAGAUCGAGUUCAUGAAGGUCAAGGGCGACCCGGUCGAGUGGCGGCGCUUCUUCAAGAAGGUGGCCGUGCUCUGCAAGGAUGCAGUGUACAAGCCUGAUACCUAA